UUAAGUUGCGCUUCACCGAUUUGGUUGAAUGCAGCAGCAGGGUGGCAUAGUGGCAGAGGGGCAGGUGUGAGUCAUGGGUAUGGCUAACACCCGGCUAACCUUUGUGUUUUAACCAGUCAAACACGUCGCUGGCUGCAUCGGUUCUACUGCUGAUAACGGGCUGACCAUUCCAUUGAAAGCCGUCUCGUCUCGGUUUGAAAAAGUUGCAAUGUUGUUAGAAUUUAUGGCUUGGCUUGGGCCAAUUUUAUGCUGCUCUUUGGCAGUGCCUUCCUCUCUGGCCAGCCGUAAUCAGGCGAAUGGCAAACCGGUUUAAACUAGUGCGCCCAAAAAGGAAAAAAUAAAAACGGCUUUGGCUAUACAUAACGUCUUGCGGGCCAUGCAAAAUGUUUAGGAAAUCAUUUGCAUGUCCAACCGGCCGCCGAACCAAUUUCGAUGGCUUUACUUUGUAGCGUUUCUUAACGGCCACAACCAGCCCAACCUGCGGCUAAUUGCAGCCACUUAAGGUGGUCAGAGCUCAACGCGAUCCGAGAUCCAAGAUCGGAGAUCAUCGCGGAGACGCCGUCAGGCGGUGGCCUCAACAAAACACUGAACGGUGUGCGGUUCAAGUUCAGCACUACUGAAGGUUCAUGGUCAAUUAGAGCUCGCAUAAAUUAUCGCCCGCUUAGAGUAGUAGAGUGGAAAAGCAAAUACUCUUGACUAAACGUAGACACAUAAUUAUAGUCCCUUUUGCAUGCUGAGUGGCCCACCGCUGAGCGAUGAGCCCGAGCCCAUCUGGGCGGCUGGGCCUGUUCUGGCUGUUGGCACUGGCGCUCCUCGCCGUCGUCGGCAGUCGCGAGUCCCAGCUGCGCAUUGGCAAAGCCAUCAAUAUAUUUCUACGCUAUGGCUACCUGGGCAUAUCGAUGCGGGUGAUACCCAUGAACGACAACGUCGAGUCGGAGCGAUGGAUAUUCAAGGAGCCGACUAAAAAUAUAUACAGGAACUUGAGCGGCCUGGCGGAGAGUCAUGAGGACACCACGCCCGGUAUCUUUCAUGGGGAUUUCCAUAUGGAGUUUUGCGACAAUCGUCGCCAGCUGUUCCAGGCAUACUUCCGUGACUUCACCGUCGAGCGAAUGGACAAGCCCUGGGAGGCCUUCACGGGUGGCUGGUUUCCGGACACUGCGGCCAAGAAGCUGGGCAUCAACACCUCCUUCAUCCAGGGCGACUACUCGUAUGUGCUGGUUCGAGUGGUCCGAUUCCGGGAGACGGGCAAGCUGAAUGCCGACAUCCCGAUUGAGCAGCAGCUGGAGCCGGAAGUCCGGGCGCGCAUGGAACAACUAAAGAUCGGAAAUCUCACGUCGGCGGUGGGCUUCAUAGAGAGCGUCGGCACACACUACGUCAGCUCGUAUACCACGGGCAAUUCGCUGUUCCAGGUCUUUGUGUACAGUCGCAAGAACUUCAAAAUGAUCAAGGAGCGCAUCAGGAGCAAGGGCCUGAACGCCCUGUCCAAGCUCGAUCUAUACAACUACUUUGCGCCGUGGUUUGCCGAGCAUCUGGGCCAGAUCCGUUCGGCCAGUGCCAAUGCCACCGUGGAGCGCUGGGCGCGUCGGAAGCUCCAAUACGAAUACUAUGUGGUCAAGUAUGUGACCCUGCUCAAGCUGCACGGUAAUAGCACGUUGCUGCGAUCCCUGGACACGCUGCUGGGCAACGAUGCUAUCCUACAGCUCGACCUCAAGUCCCUCAAUGUGGUCUUUAGGGAGCAUCCGGAGAAGGAGAGCUGGUUCCACGAAGUGCUCGACAACAACAUGAAACUUUGGGAAUUAAACAUGCCGCAGAAUCAUGCUAGCCGAUAAUGGAUCCUUCACUGGAUGUUUGGAUUGGGGCUACAGCUUAAAAGUUCCUAGAUGCGAGCUAUCAAAAUUUAUGCGUAGUUGUAGUUAGGAUUCUCAUUCUCUAGCGCGUAAUUACUGUUCUGCCUGUGAUAGUUUUUAGGUAGUUUAAUUAAUCAAAAGAACAAUUGAUUUGCAUUUUAGUAAACUAGUUUAUACGAUCGCAAUACUGCUAUCAUAGAUUUCCUAUAAUAAUAAUAGUAAUAAUA